UCUGGGGCGCCGGGCGGUCGUCGGAAAGACACCGCCAGCCGCCCUUUCUCCGUCCGCUUGCUCGCUCCGCCGGAUUCCGCUCGCCAGCCGGCCAGCCCUUUGCCGGACGCGGGCGAAGGGAGGCGAUGCGCGCGGGCUAAGCAUGAACUGCGGCGACGGCGGCAAGGAGAUGGAGGUGGCGGCAACUCACUUUGGCUUCUGCCCGAGCCUCCUGGAGCACACUGUAUCGGCCGAGAAUCUCAGUUACCGCCUGCAGAGGACUUCAGGCGGCAAUCUCACCUGGCAUGACGGGCGAAGCCAGAGGACAGCUGGCGGGAGACCUGUCAAACUCCUUCAGCAACCGGGGACUGAGAACUCCCAGAGCCGCACUUAUGAGCAGUACGGGAUCUACCACACCAGCCCUACCUUGGGCAGCCUUACCAAGCCGGUGGUGCUAUGGACCCAGCAGGAUGUGUGCAAAUGGCUGAAGAAGCACUGCCCACACAAUUAUCUCAUCUACGUGGAGGCCUUCUCACACCACGCCAUCACAGGUCGGGCACUCUUGCGGCUGAACGGGGAGAAGCUGCAGCGCAUGGGGAUUAUCCAGGAGUCUCAGCGACAGGAAGUGCUCCAACAGGUGCUGCAGCUUCAGGUGCAGGAGGAAGUCCGCAAUCUGCAGCUUCUCAGCCAAGAGACCAGCUCUUCUUUGGUUGAGAAGUCCCAGCCCGCCAAGGUUCCAGCUUCGGGACUAAGGAAGUGCAGCUUGGCGAACUGCGAUGUGAAAUUUUCCCCCUGGCCAAAUGUUGGCUUGCGAGAAGGAUCUUCCAACGACGUCCUGCUGGAAGAACACCAAAUGUUGGCCAAGCAAGUGGCCCAGAAUUCAGGUUUGAUCUCCGAUCUCUGAGCUGGGCAGAAAAUGGCUUUCCCAGACUAGUCAAGGAGUGGAUCCCAACGGGCAGAGCGACUGAGCCCCGGGUUCGAAAACAGCCUUUGCUACUGUGGACGAGUGCAAUCAGGUGAGCAAAGUUCCCGGCUGGACCUCCUUCUCCCAUUGGAGUAAAUCAGACCUGAGCCGCGAAGUUGUUUUCAAAAGAGCCCCUUUGCAAACUUUGGCAGGAGAUGGACCUGGACCACGAGGCUCAGACGCGCUUCUUAUGAAGGACAAGAGCGAGGAGCAUGGAAUGCUAAAUGUUGCUACUACUCUGUGAGAAACAGGUGCAUUGGGAGGGUGGGGGUGGAAAUGGGGUAGGGGUGGAACUUCAACCAUUGGAGGGAUCCUGGAACAAUGUGAUUUCUAUAGACAUAUAUAAAUAUUCAUUCAUUUCACGGAGAGAAGCUGACCGGUAACAAACAGGAGGGGAAAGCUGGAAAUCAGAGGGUCUUUCCUUGUCAAACCAGGAGAAUAAUUAGAGAGAGGGGAGGCAGGCGGGUGGGGUCAGCAAGCCCAGGUUUCAGGGCUACAAAAGAGGGCUUGAUGUUCCUGCUUCACACUCUUUGGGGAGAACAUGGGAAGGACUUGAGAUCAGGGCUAGGAUGCUUGCUUAACCUUGGAAGCAUCAGAGUCGAUCCCUGAGGCUUUUAAAUAAAAGCAUUACAUUUCUGCCCCCAAAUCGUGGAAGACUGUGUAGACCCUGGGAGAAAGGAAAGCUGCGUUCACAAGACACAAGGAUCCCCAUCAGUCAAAAUGCUGGAGGCUGACUUUCCAAUGAGGCUAGGAUUGUUUGGGGGAUAACCUCGGUUAGGUUAUUUCACGGAUCUUCAAACUGGGCCACUUUAAGACUUGUGGACUUCAACUCCCAGAAUUCCUCAGCCAGGCACGUGUGCCUGGCUGAGGAAUUCUGGGAGUUGAAGUCCACAAGUCUUAAAGUGGCCCAGUUUGAAGACCCCUGGGUUAUUUGGUGGGUGAAAUGCAAAUCCAGUCCACCUGAGCAUAUGAUGGUUCCGUAUAUUAGGAGAACUAUAUAUAUGUAGGUCUUUGGUUAUUUGGGUUUUCUCCCACAUCAAAUUGGAAGUGUCUUGGCGACAUUUCGACGAAGUCCCAUUUGUCAUCUUCAGGCUGGUGUU